AUGUUAACUACACUUCAGGCAUUGCUAAAAGGUACAAAGCAUAAGUUGGUCAAAGAACAGGUGAACAGGACAUGGAAAGAUGAGACGACAGUGCCUCAAGCAUUGCCACCAAAGAUGAAGGAUCCAGUAAAGUUCACCAUCGCUUGUACCAUUGGUGGAGUAAAUAUCCCAUACAGUUUAUGUCAUUUAGGGUCUAGUAUCAAUGUUAUGCCACUGAAUAAGUUUACAGAAUUGAAAUAUGGAGAGAUCAUACCAAGUAAUAUGACUCUCACUUUAGCUGAAUCAACUAUUACUCAUCUGAUUGGUAUCAUACAAGACAUGUUAGUGCAUGUUGAUUGUUUAGUUUUUAUUGAAGAUUUUGUGGUGAUUGAUAUGAAAGGAGAUUCAGGAGAGUCAGUUAUUCUCGAACUCCCAUUCUUGGCAACCAGGAAGGCUUUGAUAGAUGUGGAAACCAGUGAACUUGUACUGAAGUUCAACAACGAAAAUAUGGCGUUUAAGGUGUACGAAUGGAAAUUGUAUAUGGAUAACCUUGAGACAUGCUACCAACUGGAAGGAAAAGGAAGCAAGGAUGACAAAGGGAAGAAGGAAAGUGAAUUGAUCGGCGUGAGGGUAUUCCUUGUGCCUGACAUGCCUUAG